AUGACAGAAUAUAUUUACACCAAAAAGCGCAUUCCACGUCCGAAGGACCUGAAGUUAGGCACUCAAGAGGAAAAACCACCGCCAUCUUUUGUUCCUUGGGAAAACACCUGUCCCUACUGUCCAGGGCCGACCCCUCCUCAGCUUAACGCCCCAAAAGUUAUCACCAACCAAGCUGUGAUAUAUGGUCUUAGCAAUUUCCACAAAGGUGUCUCCGUUGCUAUGAAAGAGUGCCCACGGUGUGCUAACACUGUGAGAUUUCAGGAGUAUUCCUCUGGUUUCCACAAUUUUAACAACCACAUCUUAUUAACACUACCUCUAUGUGAACUCCUGCUGUCAGGUUUGGAGAACAAGACAACCAGUGGACGUAUGCUGGACACUCUGUCAGUACUUAAUGACAAUCGCUACCACCACCAAAUGGUGAAGAAGGCAUUCCACCACUUUUUGUCAUUAUCAGACUUUGACUUCAACUUCUUUUGCUACCAGUGUGGACACCACCCAGCUGUGGUUGUGGCAGAUGGCAACUGGAAACUAGGCUUUGAUGUACCUCUUGGAUCAUUUGAAAGGCCAGAUCCAGAUACCAUAUCUGACAAGGAUCUUGAAGUGGAUAUCGUCAAGGCAUGGACAGAUCUGGACAAAUCACUCAUAGCAGAAGGCCUUAUAGCAGGAACAUCUGUUGCAAACCCAUACUGCAAAUCUGUUCACCAGUCUACUAUGGCACCAUGGAUGGGAAAGCACACUAGAUUGAGGGAUAUCCUUCCAAAAACUGAGAUUAAAAAGGCACUGAAAGAAAAAAAUGAUCAGAACAAACAUUCACCAGAACAAAUAAUUGAAGACAUAAUGCUUCAAACCACUGACUCAGAGAAGAACCAGAAAAAAGAAUCCCAGAAUGCACUGGGUAUGAUUAAUGGAUUCAAGGAACUACACCCAAAACUUUCCAAGAAACUUCAAAAAACAGGUGGUGUACUUCAUUUCUCCUGUGUCCAUGGUGUUGUUUAUUAUAUCAAUUUUCUUUUCUGGAUGGAGUCAGCAAGGGACCAUGCAGAUGGCUUGCUAAGUUUUAAGCACGUUCCAACCUGUUACAUUUCUGACAUGGCUGGUGAGGUUGCCAGCCACACUAAUGACCAAACUAAUCAGAUGUUUUUUAAGCCACACGAUGGAAGACUUUGUGCACCAACCACAGAUAAUCUAAAACUAGCAACCAAAAAUGAACUAAAGGUUGAAAUGCAAUGGGUGAAGAACCUCAGAUUUCCAUUACCAGUGAAGUUACAGCAAAAUAUAAAUGGAACACCAGCAGUACAUCCAAUCACAAGGACAUCUGACAGGUAUUCACUGUAUGAUCAAUUCCACCAAAUAAAUCCAAGACAUCCAGAAGAUAAUUUAAGAAGCCUUGUCAUCUGCCCAACACUUCGACGAGAGGUCAACUCUGCAGUAGCAAAACAGUUCAAUCAAGAGCUUGAAUCCAUUUGGCAAUCUUUGUGCCAAAUGAAUGAAUCCCACUUCAAACAGACUGUGAGAGUGUUGAUUGAACUACACAAUGAAAAAAUUAACAGGACAUUUAAGGCUGAGAUGGAGGCUUUGGGCAACACACAAUUGUCUGUUGGACUGCAUGGGAUGUUGGGAUUUCAUACUGCUGAAGGGGAGGAACACAGUGUGUUGAAAUCCUCAUCCAUAUCACAAUUAUAUGCCACAAGUGAUGAUGAGAAGGAGAAACUCAAUCAGCUACUCUCUGGAUCCCGUGAUGAAACUCAAGCCCUGGCUUAUGUUUCACGAAUAUUUCCAGUCUCAAUAAAAGACAUUAGCAGCGUUUGCCCACUAGACUUGUUGCUUCAGUCAUCAUUGUCAUCGCCGUGGUUGACAGAUGAUUGUGGUGCUUUAGGCACCUUUGAUUUCACUUUGUGGCACCGGGAAUGGACCGAAUCUGGAGCAGUCAGUGAUGAAGUUGCCAAAUGCAUUCCGGACUCAGAAAAGAUAUUCCUUCCCAGAAUUGUGGGUCAUUCUUCACCAGAGACAGGCAACCAUUUCAUCCUUUGGGUGUUUGACUUCAAAGCCAAACAGAUUAGAAUAUACGACUCACUGAUGACUUCCAGCAGCAUCAGUGAUGAUGACAUGGACCUGCUCAGGUAA